AUGGAGAGCAGCGAGGAGGAGGAUGACUUCAUGUCGCACGAAUGGAUCACGCCCCAGUCCCACAUCAACUCUGUCUACCAGUCCCACACGGAAAAGGUAUCGCCGUCGAACGAAAGAUCACGCGAGUAUCGUCCUAUUCCCCUCCACUCUAAUUUUUUGAGGAUUUCCCGUUCGUCGAGAGGUUAGUUCGUAUCCGUUGUGUUCUGCUUUUCAAUCUUUUUUUUUUCGUACAUUUGAAUCUUGCUUUCUACGUGAACCCGGGGGAUCUUCAGACAUUGUCUUUCUCUGUUUAUGAAUGGGACGAUUUGGCAGUGGGUGAAAUUUUGGAUUUUUCAACCUGGAAAUCCUUACCAUUUCUGUCUAGCUCUAUUUCUUUGUAAUUCUGGUAACGGAAAUUCUGGGGUUGAAUAUAUUAUGGUAUACUGUGUUUUUUUCAUUAGACUGCUCGACUCUCUAUCGUGCUUUGCAUAUGAAGAGCCUAUACUCCUGAAUAGAGGAGCGUAAGUAUGUACUGUGUUCGCCAUGAUGGUUUCUUUCGGAAGGUGCUAUAGCCUUGCAAGAGGUAGUUGGAAACGUGGGGAUUUAGGGAGCAGUCAGAAAUGUCGAAUAUUGCCUAAGGGCUGAAAAAAAACCAAAUGUGUGUAAAAUUAACUAGAAGAAGUCUCGAGAGGAGGCUGUACUCAGUUGUUGAGAAAGUGCUUUUUUUUCCGAGUUAAUGUCAUCUGUCAGCUAACAAAGAAUGAGAACAAUGCUGGAGCUUUGGCCUUACAACAAUGGACUUAGUGGGACAGAAAGCAGUGGGCCUGGCCUUGUUUAAAAUGGUCGCAGAUUUCUGUUUGUACAUAGUUAAGAGUUAAAAAUGUUUCAUAACAAGCGAUAGUUUUAUGUUUAAUAUCCAUGUGCAAUGGUGGAGCCAAAAUCGUUGUGUAGGGAGAGAAGGUACCGAAAUAAUUUCACAUACGAGUCUAUUAUCAAGUCUUUUAGACAUAUAUCUUAUAUAUGCUUUGUCAAGGCCUUAAGGAUUAGAUACUGUAUAUCUACUAUGGUGUACAUAAAUUUACCUGGGCUAGAUGGAGCUUCCCUCGUUGCAUACACUCUGUCCUUGUUAAAGUCUCAUUUAAUCCUUCUUGAAAUCGACCUAUGAUUAGUUGUUUUCUUAUAGCCUAGCUUAAGUUGAUGGCAUGGAUUUAUCAAAAAAUUAUUUAACAAUUAUAUGUGAAUCAUUUUUUUCUAGAUGAAUAAACCCUUAGGGAUGUAAAAAAAAAAUCCUUUUCAUAAAAAUAAUUCACUUGAAUGUUAACUCCUUUCAAUCAUCUAAAGUAAUAGCACUAGUCUCAUGUGGUUGAUGUGUAAAUUUAGUUAUAUUGUCGGUACAGUGUUGAGCUGGAGCGCUAAGCUAUGAUAUAGUGCACGUUUUAAUAAAAUUUUCCCUUUUUACUGUAUUCUUUCAUUUUUCUUUGAGAUUCUUAGUUGUAAAACACAAAUGCAUGAUACUGAGGAUCCGGAUGCUUUUGGUUUUUCAUUUUUCCUGUGUGAGCUGGUGGUGUUGCCUAGUCUUUUCACUUCUUUUCUCAGCUCCUGUUCUUUCUCCGAAUGAAAGAAUAGGAAAUAUCUUUUGCCUAAAAUUUCUGUCUCUGUCAUGUGCAUCAUCAGGAUUGCCGUAAUCCAAAUCUUUCAUUUGAAGUGUAUCCAGCCAUUCCUUUAGUCUAUGAAUGCAUCCUCUUUAAUAUGGUUUCAGGUAGAUUUGGCCAUUUACUUUCCCUAUGCAUUAAAGGAUUGUCUCUGUACAUGAUUGCUGCAUCCAAUUCUGCUUCUAAUAUCAGUUAUGUUUAUUAUUUAUUAUUUUUAACUACUUCUGGUGUAUUUUAUUAGCAGGUAUAUUUUGAUGUCGAAACUACUUUGUAAUUUAGUUCAUUUAGAAUUUUUGAACUGACACUAGAUCUAAAUUAUUGCAAGUAUAUUUCUUCUUCUUCUAGAUAUUUUGAAACUAUUGAUGCAUUUUAUCAUUUUUUUUUUGGGAUGCCAUUUUAAUUGCUCUCCAUCCCUGGUGAUUCAUCAGCAUUUCCCUAUAUUUUCAUUGGAUUUUUUUUUAGGGUACCUUUUUUCAUCAUUUUCUGUACCUUGUAGGAAAGAGAUUCGGGUAUAUAAUCAAUGUUAUUGUGGUGCCACAAUGCAUGAUCUCAUCGUUAGCCAUCUAUUAUCAGCAUCAGACUCCUGGAAAAAAAAGGAGAAAACUAGUUUUUUUUUUGGCAGAAUUUAUCUCGACUGUUAUUGUUGUAUAUAUUCUUGAUAUGAUGAUGUUCACCUUUAGCUGAGUCAUGCAACUGAGUAUUGCAUAAUUGCAACUUCAGAAUAUUUAUGUGCAUUUUUUCUUAUCUAGGGAAUUAGGAAACUUUGUUCUGAUCUUUUAGAUCUAAAGGAUGCCGUUGAAGGCCUUUGUGGAAAUAUGCACAUGAAAUACCUGUCUUUUCUCAGGUAAUGUCUUCCAUAUUAUGUAUUGCCCCCAUUAAACUGGAAUGCCGGUAUGAGAUACUUUUGAAACUUAUUUCUUUAUCUUUGAGGAUACCAGAUAUGGGAUUUUGUAUCAUAUUGCUGUCUUAGUUGACAAUGGGUUCGCAGCAGUUGGGAAGUUAUUCUGCAUCAGAAUUGGUUUGGUCAAGGAAUAUUUUCUAUUUCUUAUUUUUUAGUGUCCUUUUCUAAAACAAUGAAGAUGCUUCGUCUGACACUCUGGAGUUCAUACAUUUCUAAAACAAUUCCAGUUUCUUUUCAUGUUGCCUUUCUUUAUCAUGUUUGAAUAAUACAGUGUGGAAAUCAUAAACAUUUGUUUUGCUUCGUACUUCAUUGUCUGUUCAUUCUACUUUUAUAGUUCCUGAGGUCAAGGUUUAUGUUCGUUAACGUCUCCUGCCAUAUUCAUUCAUGCUCUACAUCAUAUUGUUCAUGUUGUAGUUUCAUGAUGCUAUUUAUCCGUCAUCUAUAUUCCAUUCAUAAUUAUCAUAUUUCAUUGGUCAUUCUAGGAAGUAUAAAACAACUAGAAGGUAUGUCUACCCCCCUAAGUAUCCAUUCUUUCUUUUCUUUUUUUGGCUAACAUAACAAUGACCUAUUCAUUCACAGCUUUUCAUUUAUUAUCUCCCCUGCGUAAUUUUUAUGUCUUAAUCUCGUUUAGUAUUCUUCGUAGGCCACAGCCGAGCUACAUCGUUAUUUUUUUCUUUCAUUUAUUUCAUUUUCUAGUUUUACUUAGUCAGGGUGUGGACCGACUUGCAUGUCAUAGCUCACAUCAUUCUGGUCCUUUUGUCUCUGUAAGCCCUUAUACCUUGGAUAGUAUUGGACUUGGUCUCUAUGUCUUAUAGCUUAUCUCCUAGCCAUGUCAGCAUAAGUGGACUCUUGCAGCCAACUGUAUUGUGGCCAAGGAAGUCCACGCCUGUCAACGUUCGUUUCCUACUUGGUUCUAUCAUGAGAAACUCGAGAUUGACACAAAUCAUGUAGUAGACAUACGCCAUAAACCUUAAGGACCAACCACAUGCGGCAUCAAUUGUAGGGUGCAGUGUCACAGCAUGGAUUAUCCUAGAGAUUAUUGUCACAGCAAGUUUUAUCCUUUAAACUUGCUGCUUCUUUAUCCUUUGUCAUAGUGUAUUAGCUUCUACACAUCGACCCAAAAGAUAUAAAGUAUACAUGGACCUAGAUGACCUAAGAUAUUCAUAGACCCAAAGGACCUAAGAUAGGUCUUACGUACGUUGGUUGAUAUGCAUACACCUAUACCUGGGGUAGUGGGAACAAGGGGUAGACUGGAGGAGGAAAAAGGGUAGAACCGGGAGAGGGAAGGGAGGAAAUAAAGUGUACACAGAGAGGACAAGGAGAACACACUGAUAAUUUAUUUUUCAUCAAAUUCUGCUACUGCUCAAAGGCCACAUGGGCUUGUCUAAAAAUGACCUUUAUCUGUUUAGGUAUCCUCUUGUGGGAAGGGGGGGGGAGGGGGGGUUCAUUUCAUUUCUGUCGCCUACUGUAGUGCUGUAGUUUAGGCUUUUACGUAGUUGGGGUAUAGUUAUCAUUCUCUUAGGAGUUGUCUACCACCUUGCUGACAGUGUAUUAUAGUUUCCAUUAUUGUUCACAUAUUAUCUUUCUCUUUAGAAUUGCUGACCACUGGGUAAACUCUAUGACUACAUCCCAUUUUUAUGAAGUGAAAGUAGAGUCCCUCUUUGAAGAGAAGUAUAAAACUGAAUGUAGGGAUUUUCUUCCAAUGUAUGAAUUAUUUCAGGCUUUUCGUUCUUUUAGUACUCAUUCCUUCCCUUCUGACUUAAUCAGGAUAUCUGAAGAGGUAAAGGAAAUAAAACAAGAGUUGAUUGAUCUUCAUAAACAUGUAUCUUCUCAGGGGAUUCUUGUUCAGGAUCUUAUCAAUGGUGUCUGCCAUGAGAUAGAGGAGUGGAAUAAAUGUAGCACAGAUCCUGAUCUCGGAGAAGACAUUAAAGCUUGUGUUCUUGAAGAUCUAUUCUCUCCCGAAAAUCAGCAUGCCAGGGCUGUAUUUUUUGAAAAUAUAGAUAUUCUCUUGGCAGAGCAUAAAACUGAAGAAGCACUCCAGGCUUUUGAAGUAGAAGGAAAAAGGACAGCUCAAGCUGAUGAAUCUGGGGAACAUGCAUCCACCAUCGAUUCAUCUUAUAAGGAAGCAUUGUUGAAAAGAAAGGCGAUGCUUGCGGAUCAACUGGUUGGGAUUAUUGAACAACCAACUGUUGGCAAUGCUGAAAUGAAGAAAGCAUUGUUAGGUUUGGUUAAACUUGGGAAAGGUCCUCUGGGUCAUAAGCUGUUUUUGAAAAAAUAUGGUUCCCGUUUGCAGAAAAGUAUUGAAGCUUUUCUCCCGUCAUGUUCAGUUUAUGCAGAAACCUAUACGGCAACUCUUUCACAGCUUGUGUUCUCUACGAUCUCACUUGUAAAAAGGGAGUCUUGUAACAUUUUUGGUGAUUCACCUACCUACACAAAUAAAAUUGUGCAGUGGGCCGAGUACGAAAUAGAAUCAUUCGUGAGGAUAGUAAAAGAAAAUGGACCUUUAUCUGAUUCUACUUCUGCUCUUCGCUCUGUAAGCAUCUGUAUGGAGGCUACUUUUCAUCACUGCUCACUCUUGGAAUCUCAAGGACUCAAGUUCUCAAAGUUGGUCAUGGUGCUCUUGCGUCCUUAUGUGGAAGAGGUACUCGAUAUGAACUUCAGAAGAGCUCGAAGAAGAAUUCUUGACUUCUCAGGAAUUGAUGACACGGUCCUAUUGGUAUCCUCUAUGGGUUCACCAUUUCCUGAAGUUUCAGAAUCAGGCAUCUUGCUUGCUAACAAUGGAAAGAAGUUCAUAUCUAUUGUUGUUGUAAGUUGUUUCAUUACUUAUCCCUUAACAUUGAUACUUCUGAUUUGGUUAUAGAGAUUUUGGCAGAAAAUUUAUGACCAAUUCUCAUUUCACUAUAUAACUAACUGUUUGUGAAAUUCGGAACACCUGCUUGUGAACUCUGAUUCGGCUAAUUUAUCUGCUUUUCUCAUGGUGCCUAUAAGUUGCGAAUCCGCUUUUGGUUCUUGUUAGUAGUGGAAAGAUAACUUUCGUUGUUAUCAUUGCUCUAUGUCUUCUGUUACAUCAAGUGUAAUUUAUAUAAUUUUUUUAAAUAAAAUUUAAUUAGUAUAUAUGGGGAUAAAAAAUAUUACCUGCAACCUAAAAUAUCAAUCCUUCUUUGAUUUGCAAAGAUUUUUUACUCCAGCGUUGUCAUCUGUUUGAGAAUUUGAUAAUAUCCCUCUAUCAGAUUUUUCUCUAAAAUGUAGUUGAUGCAGUAAACUUUGAACCUAGUAUGUGAUAAGAUUAACCUGAUGAUUUGAAAUAUAUCAGGUCUUUAUUCAAAUCCUGCCUUUAUUGCUAUAUGCCAAGCCUCGUCUCAAUAAAUUCCGUAUAUGUUGAAUUUGGUUUAUGGCAGUCUUCGGUUAUGUUGCCCGAAAAAGCUGAUAAUUAGCUGUCGAAAUAUUAUUCUUAAAACCUUCCACCACAUUGCAGUGUUAAAUGAGAGAUAUGUCUUCUUCUGAUUUUAGUUAUUUGACAAGUUUAUUGAAGUGUCAGAGUACAAAAGUUUUGGUUUAGGUUGAAAAAUCAGAUAAGUUUCUCCUUUGUGUUGUGACCACCAUAAUUCGAAUUAAAAGUCAUAUCAAGCCCAUGCAUGGGCUCUGGUGAAUCUGACUCGCGUUCAAUUGCAUCUCUAUUCCUUGUUGCAUAGGGGUAUUAUUUCUGUUUCUUUCCUUAUUUAUUCCUCUUGUUUCUGCCCAUUUAAAAUCAAGAGAAAACUUUGACCUCCUUUUGUUUUGUGCUCACAAAGGCUUAGAACUAAGUGGAGGUGCCUAGAUGAAUCCACCACUUUUCCUCCAAUGUUGAUAAAGCAAGACUCUAUCAAUCAUACUCACCCUGGUCUUCUGCAAGAUCCCGAGCCCCCUAGAGAUGAAAGCCCCUUUAAUCUCCGGGAAGAGCCUAGAGAAAUCUUAGGGCACUGUGGAUGGUAUAAUGUCUUUUCAACUUUGGGCACUUGAUGUUGCUAGGGCGUCAAAGGGCCAGGCCCAGAGAAGAAUGGAUCUGAUACUACCUGGUUAGCCAGAUGUCAAGUGAUGGCUGGGUGGGGUUUUAUUUUACGGAUGGGUGGCAACAGAGGGUGGAAGGGGGAGUCACUCCCAGAGGACUUGGAAGGGAGGUGGAGUUUUUGCCGCCUGCGGUAGGAUGUUGUCACCAGAAGUCUGAGGGAGCGUAGGGGCCUCAGGGUCCCUACUUUGUGUUGAAAGGAGAGGAUUGGGGGAGGACAUUGCCUCUGAGAGAGUGAGUUGCUUGGAGGAUAGCAUUUGUGGUUGAAAGUUGGGGGAUGUUGAGGGAUGCUGCAUGGGAGGAAGGGGGUUUGCCAUCGAGGAGAAUGUGGUUAGGCGGAGUAUGAUGAGGGGGCUGCUGCUGGGUUUGUAAUGAUGGAACCGGGGUGAUUGCAGUAAUGCAGGUGUAGGGUGGGGAGGGAGAGUGAGAGAAGAUGCAGAGGUGGGUAGAGAGGAGCUACAUUGCCAUGAUACUGGAGCCAUGGCCUAGCUUGCAGUUUAACUCUAAACCUGUGUGCCUAGGUGUCACUUGGAAAUCUAUAGCGAAUGCAUAUUCUUGAAAGCCGAGCUGUGGAUACCUUGGCAUCAUCAUUAUUCCCUUCUAUUGUUCGUUCUUCGUCUGAACCUUGUCUUUGACUACUGAUCAAUCCUUGUUCUUGUUCACCUUCCAUGAAGUUCAUAAGCAAAGUAGGACUAUAAACAACUCUUCUUAGCCAUCUUAUCCAUUUCCUUCCUUAUCUGGCUUCCUUGUACAGAGGUCGCAGUAAUCAACUGCAACCUUUGAAGUCACAACAAUUGACCACAGUAUCAGAAGUCGAAACAAUUGACUGUGAAUUCUACGUGUUGCACUAUUUCAUGAUAACUCAGAAUGCCACACCUCAAAAGCAAAAUGGAUGUUUAAAACCGAAUCCUUAUUGACACUUCUGUUUUUAGUGUUCAUAAACUGAUCCUAUGGUCGGAAAUUUGACACAUAAGAGUGAUAUGGGUGUUUCAUCAUUUUGAUCAUGGCAAGCCUUAUUAUGGCAAAGCCUUGUAAAUAGAAAAUUGUAUUGUCAUGAGCGUUUAAUCCAUAAAUUUGUUAAGCGCACAAGUUGAGAUUAUCUAAAUAUGUUUAUAAAUAAUUCACUAUGAAUCUAAGUUGGUUGGCCUCAUUGUUGUCCAGUUCACACAAAAACAUUUUAAAAUGAGAUAUCAUUCUCAGAUUCGCAUAGGAACUUUAGUGAAAUGAUCUGGCAGAUUGUGUCUCUCUCCAGGUCUUAGUAUGAUUCUACAUUGGCCAAUCUUCCUCCUAUGAAAAAUAUGCUAUGAAGUUUAUAAGAUGAAUGAGAACCAGCACUCGUUCAAUUGUGGACUGUUUCUUCCCAAUAGAUAUUUUUAUUCCAUCGGUGGACAGAUUGAAUUUGUAAAUAUUUUGAGGUCAGAUGGUUGGAUAAUUCCGGCCAGUAUGACCCUUUGUCACGUGAUGUUCACGUGUAGACCUCCAAUUUUUUUCACAUCAUUUGAUCUGAGCAAUGAUAUGUGGCACACCUAGUCCUUGACAUGGCCUCCCCUUACUGGGAAAAUCUAUACAACGAGAACCAGUGGUACCCGUGUUAGAAAAUGGGGUUAACUUCUGUUCCCUUGAUUUCUUUACUUUAUUUUUUGUUACUUAGCAAUGAUGCAUUGAAAGGUUCUUGUGCUUUUGCAUUAUCAAGGGCAGAGAACAUCUUCGGCAUAAAAAUGCCACCAUUAUUUUUUAUUACUUAGCAAAAUGCUUUUGUAUUAUUUUUCCUCGUGCAGGAUAUCUUAGAGCAACUUACUCCGACGGCUAUUGCACACUUUGGAGCAAAUGUUCUAAGUAGACUACUUGUUCUUUUUGAUAAAUAUGUCGAGUCUCUGAUCAAAGACCUACCUGGCCCCUCUGAAGAUGAUACAACUGUAGAGCAUAAAGAAGGUGCUGAUUUACGCAUCGAAGCCGAUGCUCAGCAGCUUGUUCUCUUGGGAACUGCAUGGAUGGUGGCUGAUGAAAUGUUACCAGCUGCUGUAUCCAGAGUCUUCACACUAAAAGGCAAAGGAGAGGAAAUGGGGAAUAUAACUUCUGAAAGCGCCAUGCCUGCUGCUGCAUUGAGUCCAGUGGAGUUUAAAGACUGGAGGCGUCAUCUCCAGCACUCACUGGAUAAGCUCAGAGACCAUUUCUGCCGGCAGUAUGUCUUAAGUUUCAUAUACUCGAAGGACGGGAAGGCAUGUUUCGAUGCCCGGAUGUACUUGAAUGGGAAAACUGAUGAUCUCUUCUGGGACUCCAAUCCCUUGCCUUCAUUGCCAUUCCAGGUAACCUUCUAUUCUUUAACUCUGAAUCACUCUCUUGUAUCUUAGCUUCCGAAGGGAAACCUGGACUUUAUUUCAUUUUCACUAUUUGUUUAUGUGGCUAUUCUUUGAUCAUGCUUGGUAUUAGACUUGCCAUAUGUAUUGGAGUCACUUAGAAGACUUGACAUCACUGAACUUUCCUUCAUUCACUAUGAUUUUUUGUAUAUUUGCAUACCAUUGCCUCAAAACGUGCCCAAGAAUAACAUUGGGGCUGCAAUAGGAUUACCAUUACUGCUGUACAAGCAUUUACAGUUUUAGGAUCAAACAACCUUCAUGAUUCAUCCAAGGUAUCUUAGAGAGAUAUACACAUGAUUCCAUAUCAUGAUUUUCUGGCGCUCAUUGAUAAAUAUUGAAGAAGAAACCCAUUUGAAAUUUCAAGACUAAAUUCCCUUCCUGUAUUAUUUUUUCCUCUUUACGGCCAGGGUAAAUUCCCUUCCUGUAGUAUUUGUAGGUGUCGAUUGAAUUCCAAAAUACUUGCUGUAUGCCGGGUUUUUUUCUCUAUAUUCCCCUUCUCUCUCUAACUCUAGGAUCCUUUUCUACAGGAAUUUUUCACGCGGCUGCAGCAGUUAGCCAGUGUGGCCAAGGAUGCCUUACAUGGGAAAGAGAAGGUACGGAGAGUCUUCAUUGCCAGGCUAGCAGAGACUGUGGUUAUGUGGUUAUCUGAUGAGCAAGAGUUUUGGGAGGUUUUCGAUGAUGACUCCGUUCGACUUCAGCCCUCUGGUUUACAGCAGGUCAUCUUCCAUCCCCCUUCUCUCUCUACCUUGGAAGAGAGGAAUACUUACGAUUUCAGAUUAAUGUCCCUCCACCCACAUUGUUAGCCAGUUCUGUCUCUCACCGGGGAAUAUGUAAUGUGCCACAAGUAGUAAGCUUUCCUUCUUUUUUGUGUGUGGCAGCUGGUCUUUGACUUGCACUUCCUCGUUGAGAUCGCCGUUUGUGGGGGCAACCCAUCCAGAAACGUCCAUCAAAGCGCGUCGGCAGUCAUUGCCCGGGCCAUCAGGACUUUCUCAAAGCGAGGUGUCGACCCACAGAGGUCAGCAGCAUCCCCACCCCCAUUAUUACUCCUCUCUCACUUCCAGUACCAUCCUAGUGCUCGCUCUCUCUCUCUCUCCCCCUACUCUCUAUAUUCUUUAGUGUUUCUCUCUCUGUGUCUCUUGCAUCUCACACUGCACAAUGCUGGGAUGUGCCCGCAGUGCGCUCCCUGAGGACGAGUGGUUCAUCGACAGCGCGAAGGCGGCGAUAAACAGGCUCGCAUUUGGAUCGCAGGCCUUCGGGAAUUCCGGGCUGGACGGGCACACGAUCUUGCCCGACAACGUCUCCGACUCCGAUGAGGCUCCUUCAAGCCCCUCAACUGUGCUCUCUGCUGAGUCCUUUGCCUCCGCCACCAUGGGCGAGUCGGAGAGUCCCAUCUACUACUCCGACUCAGAGGCCUAG